AUGGAAAAGCAAAGUAACGAAACAGCGUCACAAAAAGCUAAGCCGAAAAAAAGGAAGUCAAUAAAAGACAUAGAUUUCGCAGAUGCGGGACCUUCAGUGAGUUCCUUGAUGAAUAUUUUAGAUACAGAACAAUUAUCUGACGAUCCACCAAUACAGGUUACAAAUGAAUAUAUGUCACAGGAAAAAUCUGGCGAUCCACCAAUACAGGUUACAAAUGAAUAUAUGGAAACACAGGAAAAAUCUGGCGAUCCACCAACACAGGUUACUAAUGAACACAUGGAGACACAUGAAGAAUGGAGACAAGAAGCAUAUGUCAGCGAAAGAGACAUUGAAAUUCAAGAAUGUUUGGAUGAGAUUUGA